AUGAAAAAUAGUGUGAACAAAAUUGAAUAUUUCGUGUUAUUUAGAUGUUGUGAUGCAACAUUGGUACCUUUGGUAGAUAGGAUUGUAGGUCACCUAAAAGAAGCAGAUGCUAUAAAGAUAUGGGCAGAAGAUGAUCAGGGCAAACGAGCACAAAAAUAUGAACUAUACAAUCAUAUGUUAGAGUUGUACCUAGAGAGCAAAGAGAAAGAGAUUAAAUCGAUCGUUGGUCCCUAUGUCAUUGGUGGCAGAAUGGUUCUCUCCGGUAAAGAGUAUACUCAAACGAUUGCACGUGAUUCAAUGGCCACCGUUUUCAUUGACAUGCUAAGUAAAGUUAACUCUCUGGUCAACGGACAAAGCUUUAGACUAUCAAAUUUUAACUAUACAACAACACUGGAUCCACCAUACGGAAAGCUGGAAAAAGAAAUCAAUAUUCUAGGUUUUAAACAUAAACCAACUAAAUUUGCUAAUCAAUUACAUUAA